GGGAGCUCAGCCCUCUGGCUCGCGCCUCGGGUUCAGCUUCUUCCUACCACCACGAGCCAAACCGAGAAUCGAAACUGCGCUGGAGUCCAUGCAGCAGGAACCUGCACCCACCCGAUCUCCGGGGCCCCAGCAGGACUCCACACUGCCCGACGCCUCCGCCAUGCCUCCGCCGGAGUCCCCCUCCGAAGGCCACCAGCCCAGCCAAAGCCACGGCCCCGCAGAGCAAAUCAUGGAGGAAGAGUUCCAGUUCUUGCGCUGCCAGGGCUGCCAGGCAGAAGCCAAGUGCCCCAAGCUGCUACCUUGUCUGCACACGCUGUGUUCAGGAUGCCUGGAGGAGCCAGGCAAGCAAUGCCCCAUCUGCCAGGCGCCCUGGCCCCCAGGCACAGAUGCACAGACCCUGGACAAUGUCUUCUUCGAGAGCCUGCAGCGGCGCCUGUCGGUGUACAGGCAGAUCGUGGGCGUGCAGGCACUUUGCACCCGCUGCAAAGAGUCGGCCGACUACUGGUGCUUCGAGUGCGAGCAGCUCCUCUGCGCCAAGUGCAUCGAGGCACACCAGUGGUUCCUCAAGCACGAGGCCCGGCCACUGGUGGAGCUCCGCAGCCAGUCGGUGCAGGAGUUUCUAGACAGCACGCGCAAGUCUAACAACAUCUUCUGCUCCAACCCCAACCACCGCAGCCCUGCGCUGACCAGCAUCUACUGCCGAGGCUGCUCCAAGCCACUGUGCUGCUCUUGCGCGCUCCUGGAUAGGGGCCACAGCGAGCUCAAGUGCGACAUCAGCACGGAGAUCCAGCAGCGGCAGGAGGAGCUGGACGCCAUGACCCGGGACCUGCAGGAGCAGGACCGAACCUUCAGCGUGGCGCAGGCGCAAAUGCGCUCGGCCGUCAGCCAGCUGGGCCGCAUGCGCGCCGACACAGAGGAGCUGAUCCAUUCACAUGUGCGCGACGUGGUAGCGCACGUGCUGGCGCAGGAGCGCGAGCUGCUGGAGAGGGUGAACGCGCGGUACCAGCAGGACCACGAAGAGAUAGCAGGCCAGCUGGGCCGCCUGGAUGCUGUGCUGCAGCGCAUCCGUAUGGGCAGCGCGCUCGUGCAGAGGAUGAAGCUCUACGCCUCCGACCAGGAGGUGCUGGACAUGCACGGCUUCCUGCGCAAGGCACUCCACCAGCUGCGCCAGGAGGAGCCCCGGAGCCUGCAAGCCACAGUGCGCACAGACAGCUUCGACGAAUUCAAGGUGCGCCUGCAGGACCUCGUCUCUUGCAUCACCAAGGACACAGAUGCAGCUGUAUCCAGGAGAGCCAGCCCAGAAGCUGCGGGCACUCCCAGAGACAAUUUUGACAAUGACCUGCCAGAGGAGGUGCAGAGGGCCCAGGUGCAGGCGCCAGGAAUGGCUGUGGUACAGCCGGUGCCAGGGGCACACCCUGUACCCGUGUACGCCUACUCCAUCAAAGACCCCUCCUGUAGAGAGGAGGUCUCCAACACAGCCACACCACAGAAGAGGAAGUCCUGCCAGACCGAGUGCCCCAGGAAGAUCAUCAAGAUGGAGUCUGAGGAGGAGAAAGAGUUAAGGUUGGCUCGGAGCUCCCCCAAGCAGCCCAGGCCCAGCACCUCUGAGCAGCCCAGGCCCAGCACCUCCAAGGCAGUCUUGCCACCCCGCCUGGAAAGUUCCCCCAGCCCCAAGAGCCCUGUCAUAAGAAAUGAGACCUUCCUGCCCGACAGCAACCAUGCGACCAGCGACCCUGGGGCGGCAGAGGAGCGCGUCGUGGUGAUCAGCAGCUCAGAAGAGUCAGAUCCCGAAAACUCGUCCUCCCGAGAGCCGGCUGACAGCAGCAGCGAGUCCAGCGAUCUCCAGCUGGAGGGUCCCAGCUCCCUCGGGGUCCUGGAUGAAAGCCUCGACGACUCCCAAGCGGAAGACAGGCCCCUGGUUUUCUUUGACCUCAAGAUUGACAAUGAAACCCAGAAGAUUAGCCAGCUGGCGGCCGUGAACCAGGAAAGCCAGUUCCGCGUGCUCAUCCAGCCCGAGGCCUUCAAUGUCUGCUCCAAGGCCGUCUCCCUGGAGGUGGGGCUGCAGCACUUCCUGCACUUUCUGGGCAACAUGCACCAGCCCAUCCUGGCCUGCUAUAAGCUGUGGGGGCCUGGCCUUCCCAACUUCUUCCAGGCCCUGGAGAACAUGAACAAGCUGGGGGCGUUCCAGAAUGCCAUCUCAGGCUUCCUGGCCACACUGCCCCUCAUCCGGGAGUGCGUGCCUGGGGCCAGCAGCUUCAAACUCAAGAAUCUGGCCAGGACCUACCUGGCAAGAAACAUGAGUGAGCGCAGCGCCCUGGCAGCCGUGCUGACCAUGCGCGACCUGUGCAGCCUCCUGGAGGUGUCCCCGGGCCCCCAGCUGGCCCCGCACGUCUACUCCUUCAGCAGCCUGCAGUGCUUUGCGUCCCUGCAGCCCCUGGUGCGGGCAGCCGUCCUGCCCCGGGCCAAGGCCCGCCUGCUGGCCCUCCACAUGGUCAACUUCAAGGAGCUGCUGACCGCACACCGUCGUGACCCGCAGGGGGGCCUGAAGAGGUACAACCGCUUCCUGAGCCUGCACAUCCCCUCCUCGUCCCCCAACCAGGCUGUACUCAACCUGCAGGCUCUAGGCACCUACUUCGAAGGCCUGCUGGAGGAGCCGGCCUCGCCAGGGGCAGAAGGCAUUGCUACCCCUCUGUCUGACCCCAGCUUGGCAGAAAGGGCUUUCCAGCAGAGCUGAGAGGAGGGGGGUGACUGGCUUGGACUCUCUGGGGAUGAAGUCCCUGAGCCAGGCACGGCCCAUCACAGCAUUCCCAGGUCCUGGUCCCCAGUUCUCCUUUGUCAUUUGGUCCAGAAUCAGUUCUCCUUCUCUGGGACCAAAUUCCCCUUCUCUAAAAAUCCCACGGAGACGUUUCCAAAGCCAAGCAGCCACCUGCCAGGGGCCAGCAGAUCCCUGUGCGGUGCUCCCAGAGCACGGGGGAGUUAGCUCACCAGACCCCUGGCCCCUCCCCUUCAGGUGCCAGAAGCCAGGAAUUCCCUGGUGAAGAAGGCCUGGCCGCUGGACUCUCAAAGUAGCCUCCAUAUUGCCCCAGCCACCCGACUCCCACUCCCAAGGGUGUUCUGGCCGCUUCUCCCUGACCCCUGGCCGUGGUCCCAGGGGACCUGCUGACGGCACCCGCAGACACUGCCUGCAACACCAGCGGCCCCACAGGUACCGAAGUGCCUUUCAAACCAAACCAUCCCUUAUGGAUUUGGGUUCUCCCAGCCUUUGCCUGCCCGGAGGCCUGCUCUGUUCACCUCCCCUCUGGAGCAUUUUCACCCCCAAAAGGCCUCCUCUCAGCAGAGGCAGGGGCUGCUGCUCCACGCCUGUCCCUGCAUCCAGACUGUGACCCUUCCAAGCGCACGUCCCUCCUCCUGGCCACGCAGGUGCCUCCCCCUGGUCGAGGCUUUCCCUUAGCGCUCUCUGCACUGCCCCCGGCCCGCAGCCCUCCUGAGGUGUGUCCUCCACCCAGCACUGCUCUCAGUGGAGUCCAGGGACCUGCAGCAUUGGAGUCUCUGGGGUGGGGCUCGGUGAGGUGCUUUAGCAGGUUCUCCAGGUGAUUCUGGUGCCUGCCAAGUUUCAGAACCAUUGCUCUGAUAGACUUCCAAGGAGAAGCAGUGUGGAGCAGCAGAGAAAGUCCUGGCUCUGGCCCUGACUGUGUGCUUUGAGUGAAAACCAGGAAAGGGCCCCUUCCUGAGCCCCCAUGUCCCCACCUAUAAAAUGGGCUGAUUAGUCCACCUGGUCGCAGAGCGCGCAUCCAACUCUGCUGUUCUGGGGUUUUAGGAAUGAACAGCAGGCCUCUGAGGCAGUGGUCUAGGAUGUUUUCAUUCUUGAGCCCUUGGCCCCAGCCUUGUGGUCACACUAGAGGUCAGCAGCAGGACACAGGUAGGUCAGACCAGUCUUGUCUGACUAGCAGAAGCACUGUCCCUUCCUCCCUGCCCCUCUCCCAUCCCUCUUCCUUGGCUCCCUGAUACUGGGAUGCCUCCAUGGCCUCAGCUUUCAAGUGGGUGAAGGCUGUGUGCCCACACCCCUGCCCCCAUCCAGUGGGGGCCCUGAAGGCCCACUGAGGGAUCAUCUAGGAACCUGCUGCCACGUGAGAGUACUGGCUCUCACAGUGAACUCUGAUGCAUUUAAAAUAAGAUUUCUAUUUAAAGUAGGCGCUGGCUCUGAAGCUUAGGGAAACUGGCUGGUGGGUGAGGGGAGGAAGGGGCUGCAGCCUCUGUCUGGCUGUGAUGACCAUCUUGGCAGUAGCAAGGCCGCGCUUGGGCCACGCCUUGUGGCAUCUUCCCCCUGAGUCCCACCCCGGGACUGAGCCUGCUGAUUUCCAGCUCCACGCUCAGCCUCGCAAUGCUUUCUGCCUUCAGAUGGAGCUGAUCACAAGUUUUAUGGCAAAGGGCUAUUGCGCCUCUCUCCACUGUCACAGGCUUUAAUAGAGAUGUGAAUCUUCAAAGCCUGAUGCACCAACCACAAACUCUGCCCAGCCCACCCCAGGAGCCACUGAGCAGCCUCUUGCCUGGUGAAGGGGACACUUGCUGGCAUAGCUAUUCUUUGUGGGGGGAUCUUUCUGGACUCAGCAGAGCUGAGAGCCCCAUAUUGCUCAGUGCCAAAGGCCUCAAGGAUAUAAACUCCAAUUCCCAAGUGGGGAGACCGGGGUGGGCCUGGUCUGGGAUCAUCUCCUAAAAGGGGGGGGGGGGCACAGGGAGGGAAAAAAAGCACCAGCUUCAAAAAUUACCCCCUAGAGGGAGUCAGGGACCAGAGCCCAGGGUAUGUAGGAUCUUUACCUCUGCCCCCUGCUGGAUAAUCAUGUACCCUGGAUGUCACAGAUGGAGUUCUCAUGAGUAUCUGCAGGGAUUCCCUUGGCACAGACAGGGUAGGAAUUAGCAUCCCCCUGGCCUGGGUGAGGAGCCAGGUAACGUGAUUUCAGCAGUGCCACCGCCCAUAGCCCCACCUACCUGUCCCAGGUGCCCAAAUUCCAGUCCUAGACUUUUAGUCUCUAAUCACAAACUCAAAUAUGUCUCCUGUGCUUCAUCUUUGAAUUCUGUCUCAGGUUUAUCCAUGUCAACUGCUCACAAGCUUGCUAGGUUAGAAGUCAGGACCCUGAGUUUCCGUCCUCACUCAGUGGCCUCUGACUCUUGUCUGGAACAUCAAACUCCCUGAUGCUCAGAAUCCGACUCUAAAAUGGUACAAUAUGGGUUGUUUUUACCUCAUAGGGUCUUGUGUGAACCAAUGAGAAAAUGUUUGUGAAAAUAGCCUUUUAAUGUAUGAAGAACCGCACAUAUAAGAUCUUAUUUUACUGACAACCAAGAUGACUGUGUUGUUGCUUUGUAAAUUAUAGAAAAUAAACAGAUACUGGA